AUGUCACUGUCACGCAUGAGCUUAGUGCGCGUGCUCGUUGACGCACAUCGGGCUCUGGACACCGUGGAAGAACUGCUGGAGAAGACGGAGGGAGAGAUUGUUCUAGUGCUCAAUAGCCUCGAGUAUCGUAUUGUUUCUGAAGAUAGUUACAGUACUGCACACAUAAUGAACAUUUAUGACAUAUUACAACCGAUAUUGCGAAGAUAUGCGGCCCUACAGGAGCUUCGUUCUGGUCUAUUCCCACUGAAAGAAAGAGUGCCGCGCAAUGACGGGACAACAAAUCUCCUGAAGAUCAACGCCAAUGCUGUUAAGCAGCUAACAAACCAGGUUGAAGCAUUCGAGUUCUGCCUGUAA